AUGGAUGGAGAGCUGCCCUGCACUGAGGUGGAUGGAGAGUCCUCUGCCACGGAGGACCUGGGAGGGGCGAGGCCCUGGGUGGAGGGCGAUGCAGGAGAGGUGCCCUGUGCUGAGGCCAGUGCAGAAGAGGCCCCUUGUGCCGGGAGCAGCGUGGAAGGAGAGGUGCCCGGCACCGACAGCGACGGGGAAGGGGAAGCGCCCUGUGCCGAGAGCGAUGCAAAGGGAGAGGCAUCUGGCUGUGAGAGUGAUGGGGAGGAGGUACAGGACACUGACACCCCUGCUGCUUCGAAGAAAAUGUCUUCCCUUUCUUCUCCCCUGCGGGCGAUCAUCUGCCUGCGGCGGCGCUACCGCGUUCAGAAGAAGAGCCGCCUGCAUCUGGAGCUGCCCCGAGAGAAGGCGUCAGAGGCUGCCCACACGAGGCUGCUGCAAAGGCAGAUUUCCCUGAACAGAACUAGCCUCUAUGGCCCUUCCAUGUCCUUCUUCAACCAGAGCAGCUUCGAAACCUCCCGGUACUUCACCUUUGACACCUCUGUGGAGCAGUACGCUCUGAAGAAGUGCAGACGGAAAAAGAAUCGAAGGAAAUCCAGGAUAGUCCUGUAUCCUGACAAAACAAAAAGGUACCUUCCAGCAGAGGAGAAGAGCAAGGCAAAACGCUGCCUCCUCUUGCUCAUUGUCAUCAUCUUCUUCCAGAUUCUCAACGCAAUAGAGAACCUGGACGAUAACCUCCAAAAAUAUGACCUAGAUGGUUUGGAGAAAACAAUGCACCGGGAAGUAUUUGGGCAGAAGGUUGCUGUGGAGAGUAUUAUGGAACUACUGAAAGACUAUCUGGCUACCCACAUACACAACAAACCUCUAGUAAUCUCUUUAAAUGGCCCGACAGGAGUUGGGAAGAGUCACGUUGGCUGGCUGCUGGCCAAACAUUUUCGUUCUGUCAUGGACAAUGACUUUGUGCUUCAGUACUUUGUUAUGCACCACUGCCCCGACGGGGUGGCUCCUCUCACUUGUGAAAUAGAUUUGUCUAAGAAGAUUUCUGACAUGGUUACAAGAGCUGAAAUAGAAGAGAAGAUCCCAUUGUUUAUUCUGGAUGAGGUUGAACUCAUGUCUCCAGUCCUGCUGGAUACUCUCAGUCGAUUCUUUGAACCCAAUCAAACCAACGAGUUCCUCAACGCCAUCUACAUUUUAAUAAGCAACAUAGGAGGUGGGGAAAUAACAAAGUUUGUUAUCCAGAAUGCAUCUGCUGAGCUUCUACACCAGCAAAGGGGAGCUGAAGAACUGCUGAGCAUCAUCCAGCCUGUACUGAUCGAUGUCCACCCUCUCUGGAAAUCUGCAGACAUCAUCCCAUUCAUUCUUCUGGAGAAGAGUCACGUUAUAAACUGCUUCCUAGAGGAGAUGAGGAGGGAAGGGCUGUAUCCUGACCAGAAGCAUAUUGAAAACUUAGCAAGUCAGCUCAGCUACUACACUACAGGGGACAAGGAGUACUCCAGGAUGGGCUGCAAGCAGGUUGUGGCCAAAGUCAACCUGCUGUAG